CUCUUUCUCUGGGCUGAUCGUUUGGAGGACAGUCGUUCUUGCCAACCUAAUCCCAGGAGCUUGACUACCUUGCCGGGCUAGAGGCUCCAAGAGGCAGUGUGGCUGCCAGCACCCUCACGGUAAGGGGCAUGGAGGCACCAGGCAGCCAGGAAGGACACAUGUCCUGGGGAGGGGCGUGGUGGUCUGAGUUUGGAUGUGGACUGAAACAACCAGGGGAGGGGCGACAAGAUUUUCCAAAGAUCUUAUUCUUACAAUCAUCACUUCCUAAUCCGAUGCAACCACUCAGCAGGCAUUCAGGAGCCUGCGGUCUCCAUUUUCCUGUCCGAAAAUCCUCUGCACCUCACCAUGAGUCCUCACCUUGACCCUAAGCAACCUGGGAUUCUCUUCAAAAUACCUGGAAAGGAAAAGCAAGACUGUGAUCACCCCGACAUGAUUGACCAGCCGCCGGAGCCCCAGGUACAGGGCCUGCGCCUCUGCUAUUACCCCAGGGCUGCGGCGGCGGCGGCGGGGGAAUCUCCCUGUCGCCCCCUCCGAGCUGCGGAGUGGGCACCCUACUUUCUCCCCCGGCCGCCGUCACCUCACCCUCGCCCUCCUUGCCGUCCGCCGCCUCGUCCUCAUCGCCCAGCUCCCGGAAGAUGGUGGUGUCAGCGGAGAUGUGCUGCUUUUGCUUCGAUGUGCUCUACUGUCACCUGUACGGAUACCAGCAGCCCCGGACCCCCCGGUUCACCAACGAGCCCUACCCACUGUUUGUAACAUGGAAGAUUGGUCGAGACAAAAGAUUGCGUGGAUGCAUAGGUACUUUUUCUGCCAUGAAUUUGCAUUCAGGACUCAGGGAGUACACACUUACCAGCGCCCUUAAAGAUAGCCGUUUUCCCCCAAUGACAAGGGAUGAGCUGCCGCGGCUGUUCUGCUCAGUGUCUCUGCUCACUAACUUCGAAGACGUCUGUGAUUAUUUGGACUGGGAGGUGGGUGUACAUGGCAUUAGAAUAGAAUUCAUCAAUGAAAAAGGAUCAAAACGCACCGCCACCUACCUACCGGAGGUUGCAAAGGAGCAAGGAUGGGACCAUAUUCAGACCAUAGACUCCUUACUGAGGAAAGGAGGAUACAAAGCUCCGAUUACUAAUGAGUUCAGGAAAACCAUAAAACUGACCAGGUACCGUAGUGAAAAGAUGACCUUGAGCUAUGCUGAAUACCUUGCUCAUCGCCAGCAUCAUCAUUUCCAAAAUGGCAUUGGGCAUCCCCUUCCGCCAUACAACCAUUAUUCCUGACACUGAGCCACACAACCAGUCACUGGGCCUCUCUGCAGACCUCUUCCCAGGAGACCCUACCCCUUCUUGGUCUAGCUAUCUCUUUUACUGUACCAUUUUAUGAUGAUAGUUUCCGUUGCCAUGGUGAAGCUUCGACAUCGUCAGUUAAGAUCAUCAUGGUAACGGGUAGGAAAAUGGCAUUUAUUAAGAUGAUCCUGUUUUAUUAUUUUAGGUCACUGUUUUUUUUUUUUUUUGCAGCAUAUAUGAAUUUUGGGGUUUUCUUUCCUUACAAUAUUACAUGGAGUUUUGCUUUGCUAUCUCAGUCAGGUUUGUCUUUCUGUCCUUCUGGCCUUCCUUCCUGUCUUCUUUCCUUCCUUCUUUCUUCUCUUCCUUCCUUCUGUUGACUGUGGAUGGAAGAAAUCAUGCAGUUUCUAAGGAUUUCAUUUAGGUGUUUCUUUCAUUUUCCUCAGUAAGAUAGGUAAUUUUUGAUAGCUGUGUUUGGGAGUAAUUCAUAUCAGAUUCAGGUAUUUGUAUAUUACUCUUGAAUUUGUCUGAAAUUCAUUUUGCUAUGAGAGCUUAGUAUGUGGGUCUUCACUGUUUAAGUAUAUGUUUUUCCCAUGGUUAGAACAGAUGAACUUUCGUUCUAGUGUAGAACAUUCGAAGGUCCAUGAUGGGACUUGUCACAGAGAGUGAGAAAUCAUUUAUGCCUAUUGUGCUGGUUAUCACAGGAAAAACUGCCUCAUCACUUUAUAGAACCAACUUACAAACACACUGUUUUAAGAAAGUACAAGCUACCUUUGAAAUAUGCUACAGAAAUUAUUUUGAAAAGCAGCGAAUAUCAGGAAGAGAGCAGAUACAGAAUUUAGUGCCUUUGAGAAGAAUAUAAUUAUGUGGAAUUAAGAGGGGUUAGAAGAAAGGCAGUGUAGAGAAAUAUUCUUAAAAAUUUUAUUGUUUCUAUAAUGUGAAACAACAGAUUAGACAAAUUGCUUACUCUUAAGUAUUUUUUUAAGCUGAAAAGAAAUUAUUUUGAGCAAAUAACCAAAAAGAGACAUGUGUCUAUUAUAUAUUAAUUUAAAUUUGUUAGCUUUAGGUUUCAAUAAGUCAUGAUUGGCCAGAGACAAUUUUAGCUACCAUUUAAAGAAAUAGUAAAGAUAAUCUAGUGAAACAAAAGUUAACACAUGUCGUGAUUUCAGACAUGUUUGUCAUGGGGACAAUACUGGAGUUUUAGAAAUACUAUAAGAUUGCUUGAAUCUCUUUCUGCACUACAUACUUUUGAUAGAAACACAUUUACUAUAUCGAUAAGAUGUUAUGUUACCCCUGUAAAAACGGAGUUGGCACUUAGAUACGAUAUAGUUGUUAGAGCCCAGCUCAUUUGCAGGGCUAGUCUUCCCAUGACGCAUAUGCAGAGAACUUCCUAAUGUCAACGGGAGGUCUAUAUGUAUAUCCCCAGGAAAAAUGACAGAUGAUUCUGGAGAAAGAUUACCUUCAUUUUAUGGUAGUAAAUAUAUAUGUGUGUGUGUGUGUGUGUGUGUGUGUGUGUGUGUGUGUGUGUGUGUGUAAAGUUUUUUUCAAACAGGAAACAAAUAUUUCAAGUGAUGAAUAUAAGUGUGGUGCAGAAUAUAUAGUCUAAAACUAUGAGAUGUCACUGAAUAUCAAGAUGGCAUAGCUUAUACAUGUAGUUGCUGUGACAAGUGACAGACCGCUAGUUCAGAAUUUGAAAACCCUUUUCUAGUUUGUGAGAUUAAUCGGCUGAAUUCCUUCUGCUUGUCCUUAUGGCAAAGCGAACUGCUUUUGUUUUUGAUGAGAGUUCUCAGAAGUUUGUUGGUAUUCCUUCGUCCGCAGCAUCUGUUGUUGGAAUAACCAUUUUCAGUCGUGAUGCCUUAACCAAGAAGCCAAUUGUUAGCCUGAAAUGGAAUCUCGGUAGCCAGUUCCACUGAACCUAGAGAUUAGUCAGAGAAAGCUAGCUGCUGGGCUUUAGAAAGGGAUUUUGAGGCCUUUCAUUUCUACUUGGGAGCAUUUUGGAGCAGAUUAGUCUUUCAGUAUAAAAACAAGUGGCUACCUGAUGGAAAUUUUUUCUUGCCCUUAUAGGGAAACUGAGCACAAGCUGAAUGAUAUGAAUGAUAUUGUCUGCUGCAA